AAUAAACACAAGCCUAAACUUUUCUUCUUUCUUUCAUUUUUUUCAUAUCCAAAGCAACCAGAACAACCAUGCCGGAAGCAUCCGACACCAGUACCCCUGAAGAGCACCGCCGCCUCCUCAGCUUCAUCGAGGACGUAACCACCAACCCCGAUGAAGCCCAGCACCGCGUACUCGCCGAAAUUCUAGCCCAAAACUCUGCCGCCGAGUACCUCCACCGCCACGGCCUCACCGGCCCUUCCGCCGGUGAUCCCGAAGCCUUUCGCCGCCUCAUACCCAUCGUCUCAUAUAACGAAAUCCUACCAGAUAUCCUCCGCAUCGCCCAAGGCGACACCUCCCCCAUCCUCGCCGGCCGCCCCAUCAGCGAGUUUCUCACCAGCUCCGGCACCUCCGGUGGCGAGCGGAAGCUCAUGCCCACCAUCGACGAGGAGCUUGAUCGCCGCUCCUUCUUCUAUAGUCUCCACAUGCCCGUCAUGUCCCAAUUCGUUCCUAAUUUGAACGCCGGAAAGGGAAUGUACCUUCUGUUUGUAAAAUCAGAAGCCCGAACACCGGGCGGGCUUUUGGCCCGUCCGGUCCUUACCAGCUAUUACAAAAGCCGGCAUUUCAUCAAUCGGGAACCCGACCCGUACAACGUGUACACGAGCCCAACGGAGGCAAUCCUCUGCUUGGAUUCUUACCAAAGCAUGUACGCGCAGUUACUAUGCGGGCUGGCGCAGAACGCCGAAGUGAUGCGGGUGGGGGCUGUCUUCGCCUCCGGCUUCAUCCGCGCAAUUAAAUUCCUUGAAAAGCAUUGGCCGAGGAUGUGUAGAGAUAUCCGUAACGGGACUCUAGACGAAGAGGUGACGGAUCGGGCCGUUCGGGCCGCAGUGGAGAGAAUUCUCAGGCCCGACCCGGCUCUGGCGGAUCACAUCGAAGCUGAGUGUAGCAAGGAGUCGUGGAAAGGGAUUAUUCGGAGGCUUUGGCCAAACACGAAAUACAUCGAUGUUAUUGUGACGGGCACCAUGGCGCAGUAUAUUCCGACCUUGGAUUUGUAUGGAGAUGGCCUCCCUCUCGCCUGCACCAUGUACGCUUCUUCGGAGUGUUAUUUUGGGCUCAAUUUAAACCCGAUGUGCAAGCCCAGUGAAGUUGCUUAUACACUCAUUCCCACCAUGGGAUACUUCGAGUUCCUACCUGUUUCUCUUGAAGGCUCCAGCAAUCACAAACAAGACGACCUCGUCGAGCUCACUGAUGUCAAGCUCGGCCAUGAGUACGAGCUCGUCGUCACCACCUAUGCCGGUUUGUACCGGUAUCGGGUGGGGGAUGUGCUGAAGGUGAGUGGGUUCAAGAACAAGGCGCCACAGUUUAGCUUUGUGAAGCGGAAGAACGUAGCACUAAGCAUAGACGCAGACAAGACAGAUGAAGUGGAGCUUCACGCGGCUGUGGAGAAGGCGGUGAGACAUUUGGAGCCGGUCGGAGCUUCGGUGGUGGAAUACACCAGCUACGCUGACACGACGAUGAUACCGGGUCACUACGUUUUGUACUGGGAGCUGAGGAAGGGUAAGAAGGAAGUUCCUGGUUCAGUGUUCGAAGAGUGCUGUUUGGCGAUAGAGGAAUCAUUGAACAGUGUGUACAGACAGGGUCGGGCCGCGGACGGGUCAAUCGGAGCGUUGGAGAUCAGGGUGGUGGAAGAAGGGAGCUUUGAUAAGCUUAUGGAUUAUGCUAUCAGUCAAGGAGCGUCGAUUAAUCAGUACAAGGCCCCGAGAUGCGUGCGACCAGGGCAGGUUGUGGAACUCCUGGAGGGGAGAGUGAAGGAGAGGUACUUUAGCCCAAGGUGCCCCAAGUGGAGUCCUGGAAAUAACAUGUGGAUGGGGAAGAACAAUGGUGCAUGAUUAAUCACUGUUAAUUUCAGUCCUGAAAUGAUGAUUAUUAGUACUAGCUGUUGUGCUUCUUUUGGUAACAACCAGGGGAGAAAAAUCGGUUCUUUUUUCUCCCUUUUUUUUUUGUUUGUUGCGUUUCUUUUUAAUUUCCUGUGUUUUUCAUUUUAGUUAUAGUUUAGUAAUAUAUAUGUUCAUGUUGUUGCUAGCUAGCUAGGAAGUUGUUGCUGAUCGUCCGGGCAAUGUACAAAAUGUUAAUUUCUUCUAUGAUGGAUGGAUGGAUGCCUCUUCUCUUAUUUUAAA